GGGGGGUGGGUGCUUCCGAGCCUGCGGACGGUGGCCGGGACCAGGGACAAGCGGAGCCUCCGGGCUGGUGCUUCGCUGCCAUGCGGAUCUUUCCGUAGGCUCAUCCCCUACCAGCGCACGAGUGCGUGGGGGAUUCCUGGGAUUAAAAUCUGAAAGAGGCGCUUUGGCUCGCUGGUGGUGAUUCUACUCAGGAGCGGGAGGAAGACGCAUGUGAUCGCAGACAAACUCGAUGGCAUCCUCACAUGACCCCAUCCCACCUGCUACAGAGCCCUUGACCGCAGGAGGUUCCCAGGAAGCGCAGCAGGAGGAGGAAGAGGGGGAGGAUGACGAACAAGGGGAGGAGUUUGAGUUCGAGGACAGCGAGGAAGAGCGCUCUGCUGUGACCCCUAAGUGCGAGGAUACUAGGGGGGGCUUGGUGGUGGAGGGAGACAUGCCUGCGAUGGAUGGACUGCCGUCUAGUAGAAGCACCGUGGCAGCGGACCCCCUCUCGGAAGAGGUGUCAAAAUCGCAGACGAAAAACACUCGAGCGGGCAUCAACGGAGCGCCCCCCGGGGGCUCGGAGGACGAACCGCGCCUCGCAGACGGAUCAGACGUGGCAGUCAGUGAGACUUCAGCAGGGGGGGUGUCCUGCACGGUGUCAGGGCCCUCGAGCGAUGCCUGGAGGGAGAACAUCCUGUAUGAAGGAAAACCAGACCCUGAGCCAGAGACGGACGGCCCCGAGGUGAUAUACGACGAUGUGCCUGACGAGAGCCUCCUGUCUCCCGAUGAAGAUGACAUGGUCUACGAGGACGUGCAGAGAAGCGAGGGCCCCUUGGGGACGGGUGAGGCCUGGAGCUCCAGCGAGUUCGAGAGCUACGACGAGCACUCGGACAGCGAGAGCAAGCCGCCCACCCGGAGCAAGAUCUCUCCGGACGUGCGGCGACUGAAGGAGCGCUGCGCCAAGACGAGGCGCGAGUUGGCGGCACGGCUUGCUGGCCGAGACGUUGCCCACAUCAAGCAGAGCUAUGACAUCAAGGUCCAGCAGCUGAUGAAAGCGGCCCGGAACGGGACCAAGGAUGGGCUGGAGAAGACCCGGCUGGCAAUGAUGCGCAAAGUCUCAUUCCUGCACAAGAAGGAGAGCUCAGUGGAGGCGGAGGACGAUGCGGGGUACCUGGACGUGGCCGUGUCGGAGGUGAAGCACCCGCCUGCCGAGCUGGGCCCCAUGCCCGAGGGGCUGAGCAACCAGCAGAUUGUCAGACGCCACAUACUGGGCUCCAUCCUCCAGAGUGAGCGGAGCUACCUGGACUCUCUCAAGAGGAUCCUGCAGGAGUACCAGAGGCCUCUACUGGAAGCGGAGCCUCGUAUCCUGAGCCCCAAGAAGACCCGGCUCAUCUUCCACCGGCUGCCGGAGAUCCUGCAAUGCCACUCCAUGUUCCAGAUUGCGCUGGCCUCACGCGUCGCCGAGUGGGACAGCAACGAGAUGAUCGGAGACCUCUUUGUGGCCUCAUUCUCCAAGUCCAUGGUCCUCGACGUGUACAGCGAUUACGUCAACAACUUCACCAACGCCAUGGCGCUCAUAAAGAAGGCUUGCAUGUCCAAACCCGCGUUCCUGGAGUUCCUCAAGAGGAAGCAGGCUUCCAGCACGGACCGAAUCACUCUGUACGGCCUCAUGGUGAAGCCCAUCCAGCGGUUCCCCCAGUUCAUCCUUCUGCUGCAGGACAUGCUGAAGAACACCCCCCGGGGUCACCGCGACCGCCUGCCCCUGCAGCUGGCACUCACCGAGCUCGAGACUCUGGCCGAGAAACUGAACGAGCAGAAGCGCGUCGCCGACCAGGUGUGCGAGAUGCAGCAGCUCGCCCGCAGCAUCAGCGACCGUGCCCUCAGCAAGCUGCUGAACUCAGGUGAGCGACAGCUGGUCCGGUGUGAGACGCUCAUCGAGACGGUGUACGGAGAGAAGGGGCAGAUCCUGAAGUCCAAGGAGCGCAAAGUGUUCCUCCUCAAUGACACACUCAUCUGCGCCAACAUCAACAUCAAGGGGCCUCCUGACAUCAUCAGUCUAGUUCCAGUGGGACCCAAGUACACCGUCAAGUGGACUGCCCCUCUCCUGCAGGUGAAGGUGGUGGAGGUGGGCCAGGAGACCUCGCAGAGCAAGGAGAAGCUCUACCAGCACUGCGGGUCCAAGCAGGCUGGUAACGCUGGUGUCUCAGGAAAGGCGUUCCUGGGCCCCCCCCGCCUCUUCCAGGACCUGCAGGAGCUGCGGCAUGACCUGACUGUGGUAGAGGAGAUCACGCUGCUCGCAGGCACCCUGCAGGGGACAUACCAGAACCUGAACACAACCGUGGGCCAGGACUGGUGUUUGGCCCUGCAGAGACUCAUCCGCCUCAAGGAGGAGGAGAUCCAGAACGCCAACAGGUGCCGUCUCCGUCUGCUGGUCCCAGGGAAGCCUGACAGGUCAGGUCGCCCCGUGAGCUUCAUGGUGGUCUUCAAUACACCCAACCCCCUCAGCAAGAUCUCCUGGGUGAAUCGCCUUCAUCUGGCCAAGAUUGCUCAGCGGGAGGAGAACACCCCAGGGUGGGUGUGCGCCGAAGACGACGGGAAGACCAAGGCGCCCUUCUGGUGCCCGCUCCUGGCGUGCCGGGUGCCAGUUUUCUCCAUGAAAUCCCAAGAGCAGAAGCUGGAAGCUGCCCUUCACAACCCGGUCCAGUGCGCCUUGCUGGGCUUCUCCGCGGCCAGCACCUCCCUACCCCAGGGAUACCUCUGGGUGGCAAGCGGGGGGGGCACUACCCACGGCCAGGUGGAGAUUUUCUCUCUGAACAGACCCACCCCUCGGGCUGUGAAGUCCUUCCAGCUGGGGGCACCGGUGCUGUGUCUGGAGUACGUGUCGGAGCCCGGGCCCCCGGAGGAGGGGGAGGUUGGCGUGGGUGUCGACGAGGGCCCCGCCCCCAUCGGCAGCACCAUAUGUGUGGGGCUGUAUGACGGCAGAAUCCUCGUGUACGGCAGUGUGGACACCGCUGCCCAGUGCCUGAUGACAUUCAGAAACCCCGAGGGGUCGUCGGUCCUGUGCCUCAAACAUUUGUCCAACCUCCUGUUCGCCGGGCUGACGGACGGGAGGGUGUUGGUUUACAGCCGAAAGAACGGAGAUGAACUCUGGGAUGCAGAAUCUUGCAGGCACGUGUCUGUGGGUUCAGAACCCAUCCGCACGUUGCUAGCACUAGAGGAUUGCGUAUGGGCAAGCUGCGCAAACCGGGUCGUCGUCAUCGAGCCCUCAAACCUGGGUACUCAGAGUUUCGAGGCACACCCGGACCCGCGGGUGAGCGUGGCGCACAUGUCACGCGCGGGGGGUGGAGUGUGGAUGGCGUUUUCGGAAGGCUCCUCCAUCCGUCUGUUCCACACGGAGACGCAGGAGCACCUGCAGGAGAUCAACAUCUCGGUGCGCUCCGCCUUCCUUAAUCCAGGUCAAGAGAUGGUCCGUGUCACCAGCCUGCUUGUCUGCCAGGGGAUGCUGUGGGUGGGCACCGCCCAGGGGGUCAUCGUUGCACUGCCCGUGCCCAAGCUGGAGGGGAUCCCCAAGAUAACUGGGAAAGGGAUGACCUCCCUGAAUGCACACGGAGGCCCGGUGGAUUUCCUUGUGGCCACGUCGAGCCUCCUGUCCCCCAGUCUGCUGAAAAGGGACUCCGUGGUGGACGGGCAGGACUCUGCCAGCUGCGGCGAGGAGCGGACAGACUCCUCGUCGCAGGAGUCCCUGCAGCAGGGCAGCGGCUCUCCACAGCAGGAGGGAAAGGCCAAGGGCGUCCUGCUACAGUACCGGCUGCGCUCCACCUCCCAGCUCCCCGGGAAGGUGCUAUCAGCGCAACCUGAGGGUUCGUCCGGCUCCUCACUGGAGUCCCUCGAGCACAGCCUGGAGGACGGCUCUAUAUACGAGCUCAGCGAUGACCCCGAGGUGUGGGUCCGUGGGCGAAGCACCUCCCGGGACGCCUCCCGGAGGGACAAGGUCACGUCAGCUGCAGUCAUCUCCGGGGGUCGGGGUUUCCGGAGGUUGGGGUCAAGGAGCUCGGUGGACGGCGGGGCUGCGGACGACAGCGUGUUGAUGGUAUGGCAGCUCCCCAUCACAGCCUGAAGGGGAAAAUGGACCAGCGGCCCAUCGUCCGUCAUCCGGUUGGGGCGCGGUGGCUUUUCUGGCUGACCUGUGGCAACAUUCAAACCAACCACGCCCCACUGGAUCGUCCUCACAACCUGUCUUCUGCUCACAGAAUACUGCACUCGCAGGGACGCCCGGGGUUUCCGCCUUUGUCCCACACUGUGUAUAUAUUUAAAGGACCCUCUCGAAAACUCCAUAAACACUCAAUUUCCAGUGUUUCAGGAAAGCUCAAGGCGCCGCCAUCAAUAACCUCUCGGCAGUGGCGCCGAGGAAACGGUACCGCGGUGCUGCAGUCAGGACGAUAUUACCUCGAGUCUCUGUUUCGGAGGACCCGCCGCAAAAGGCAACGAACGCUGCUGUCUGUCGAACUGAUGAAUAAUAUCACCUGACUCGCAGGGGCAGGGAAAAUCUGUUUAAGUAUUCCACGUCUUGGCUUCUUCCUUUAAGACAAAGAAGCAGACGAUACCUGAAGAAUGUUCCGGAAUGAAUUAAACGAGGAUAAUGGUAAUGGGAAAUUGAAGUACAGCCCGGGGUUUCCCGGUUUGUCACAGGUACUUGAUGCUAAUGGUUUCACUUCCACUGAGUCACUUUGGUGUAAAAUAAAGAGAACAAGCCCA